ACGCCAAGAUUCUCGAUCUCUCCCACCACCAUGGCUGCUGCACCUGCACGGCUCGUCGUCCUUGUCCUCGUGGCGGUCGUCGUCGUCGUCGGCGGCGACGGCGACGCCGGCGUCAUCCGGCAGGUGACGGACGGCGGGUACUGGCCGCCGGGGCUGCUCCCGGAGGCCCAGUUCGCGGCGUUCGUGCGGCGGCACGGGCGGGAGUACUCCGGGCCGGAGGAGUACGCGCGGCGGCUGCGCGUGUUCGCCGCCAACCUCGCCCGCGCCGCGGCGCACCAGGCGCUCGACCCGACCGCGCGCCACGGCGUCACCCCGUUCUCCGACCUCACCCGGGAGGAGUUCGAGGCGCGCUUGACGGGCCUCGCCGCCGACGUUGGCGACGACGUCCGGAGGCGGCCGAUGCCGUCCGCCGCGCCGGCCACGGAGGAGGAGGUGUCCGGCCUCCCCGCCAGCUUCGACUGGCGUGACAGGGGCGCCGUGACCGACGUCAAGAUGCAGGGCGCGUGCGGCUCCUGCUGGGCCUUCAGCACCACCGGCGCCGUCGAGGGCGCCAACUUCCUCGCCACCGGCAACCUCCUCGACCUCAGCGAGCAGCAGCUCGUCGACUGCGACCACACGUGCGACGCGGAGAAGAAGACGGAGUGCGACAGCGGGUGCGGCGGCGGGCUGAUGACGAACGCCUACGCCUACCUGAUGAGCUCGGGGGGGCUGAUGGAGCAGAGCGCGUACCCAUACACGGGCGCGCAGGGGACGUGCCGGUUCGACGCCAACCGGGUCGCCGUCCGCGUCGCCAACUUCACCGUCGUCGCGCCGCCGGGCGGCAACGACGGCGACGGCGACGCGCAGAUGCGGGCGGCGCUGGUGCGGCACGGCCCGCUAGCCGUGGGUCUGAACGCGGCGUACAUGCAGACGUACGUGGGCGGGGUGUCGUGCCCGCUGGUGUGCCCGCGCGCGUGGGUGAACCACGGCGUGCUCCUCGUCGGCUACGGCGAGCGUGGGUUCGCGGCGCUGCGGCUGGGCCACCGCCCCUACUGGAUCAUCAAGAACUCGUGGGGGAAGGCGUGGGGGGAGCAGGGCUACUACCGGCUCUGCCGCGGCCGCAACGUCUGCGGCGUCGACACCAUGGUCUCCGCCGUCGCUGUCGCCCCGCCGCCGCCGUGAUCGAUUGAUCGAUAUCGAUCGGCCGCCGGCGAUCUCACGUUACCGAUGUGUUAUGUGAAGUACGGAGUACUACUGUAUACUGGAUGUGCUUGAUUAAAGCUUUGCUUGGUUAGCGGUGGGAGACGUGGCGGUAGUAGGUGCUUAGUACUACGUUUUACAAAUGGUUUUACAUAGUUGGGUUGUAUGUCGAUCUACUACUAGUGAAUACAGAAUAACAAAAAGUUAUGGACGUGUACAUUAAGCUAGGGUAUAUUGAAGUCAUCUUCAAGGGCUUUAUUAUUAAACCAACGCCCAAUUGUGUUGUGUAUC